AUGGAACCAGGAAAGGCUUCGAAUAAUUUGAAGGAGGACCAGAGCCAGAAACGAGAGCCUUCAACAUCUACAGGCUCUAAAACAUCCAGACCGAGGCGUGGCAGGCCUGCCGGUGCAAACCGGACCCCUCUGUCCUUGGAAGAAAGGCGCGCUAGGAACGCUCAGUAUGAGCGUGAAAGGCGAGAGGACUUGGCCGAAGCUCACUCGGAGCUAGCAGAGGCCGCGGGCUGUGAUCCUAAUAUAUCGACGGACGACUUGAUGACACUCGUCAUCACAAAACUCCAGCAGACAAUUCCUGCAGAAGACAUUAGGCUGGCUAAUGUAGAUCUGGAGGCACAAAUUGCCAAAUGUAUCGAGCAGUUGCCUCCGGAUUACAUCGUCAGCGAUGAUGAAGAGGAGGUGCAGCCGGAAGAGCCCAACACUCGAAAACGGAAACCAUCACAUCGUGAUACGUUUAGUGAUGACAAACGUAUGCGGCUCGGUGGGAUGCAAAUGCCAGCAGUGGGUUGGAUGAUAUCGCCUGCUGACUUUGCCGAAGCCGUACCCGGACCACGAAAUUACGAGUGGGAAGACGUAGACGCUUUCUUGGCCGAACAGCUGUCCUCGUUUAACGCCGAGGCACCACCGGUAGUGCCAUCAGUGGCAUUACCACCUAACCCACCGAUGACACCACUGGCGACACAACGGCCACGAAAUUACGAGUGGGAGGACGUCGAUGCUUUCUUGGCCGAACAGCUGUCCUCGUUUAACGCCGAGGCACCACCGGUAGUGCCAUCAGUGGCAUUACCACCUAACCCACCGAUGACACCACUGGCGACACAACGGCCACGAAAUUACGAGUGGGAGGACGUCGAUGCUUUCUGUGAAAAACUCAACAGCUUAUUUAGUAAAUGCUACAUCUAUAAUAAUGACAAGGCAUGGAAACUUAAGCCAAUAACAGAGUUUUUCAGCAUGCAUCAGACCUGUGCGAGCAGAAUUCAACGCAUGACAAGAGAUCACUGCUGUCUAUCCCACCCCGCAGGAUAUCAUACAGAAGGAGCAUGUCCAACAUCUUCCGUCUGUCAUCAAGUGGCAGUAAGUGGUAAUGUUUACAAUCCGUCAGGAUCCCUGUGGGACACCGGACGUUAUAUCCACAAAGUCAGAUCUAAAGCCACCGAUCACAACAGCCUGAGAACGCUUGGACAGGUAAGAACUGAUCCACCUAAGCAAGUCGCCGUGAAUGCCAAGAUUUUGGAGUUUCGAAAGCAGGAUGACAUGAUCCACGCGAUCGAAUGUUUUUCGAAAGGGACAAUAAGUGCAGACUUCCACACUGAGGGAAAUACGCCCUCAGUUAAGGACUUCCUAAACAGCAAGGUUAUAGGGCGUAUCAGGCUACUGGCACAGCCACGGAGAAAUACGGGGGGCAAACCAUCAGUUCCGGAGCCCUUGGUUCUGUUUAAUGUGCGCAAGGGGCCGAGUACUGUAUCCUUAGUGAUAUCAAGUGUCGAUAUUAAAUUACUGGAAGUAUUAUUUAAGUCAUUGGUGGUAGCUGACGGUAAUGUGCCUAUAGAAGAGUGUAUGGAUGGCCCGGCAAAGACACCUUGA